UUGCUCCAUUUUCUUCUUCCCUCCUUAAUUUACUUUUCCAACCUUUGAUUUUGACAUGUAUUUUAUUUCACUGUCAACCUGUUCUAUAUAUUGACCCCUACUUACCUAUUCAACUUCCUCUUCUUAAUCUCUCUGCUAUUGGUUUCUUUGCAGGAAUCAAAGCAUAUAUUGUUUUGAAACUUGAUGAGUGAAGUCCCUGGUUCCCGGUUUAGGUUUAUGACCCACUUGGUUCAAUCUUUCUCCGUUGUCUUCCUCUACUGGUUCUAUGUUUUCUCGUUGAUCUCCAGUUUCCCAUCGCAUAUUAUUAUUAUAUAACUUAGUAAUAUAGUUAUCAGUGUCUCUGGGUCCUGCGUCCUAAUUAGGAUUAGUUUAUUUUAUAACAUGUCCAUGUCCAUGGCCUCAUCAAGUGGAAACUCCUCUAUUAGCACAAAAUCUCAGAGCUCAGGGUCUGAGGGUGAUUUGCAGGUCGUGAUAACAGACGAGAGGAAGAACAAGAGGAAGCAAUCGAAUCGUGAAUCGGCGAGAAGAUCUCGGAUGCGAAAGCGUAACCACUUGGACCAACUCACUAAGCAGCUCUCACAGCUCGCAAAGAACAACGGCGAAAUCCUCGCCACCAUAGACAUCACCACGCAGCACUAUCUGAACGUUGAGGCAGAGAAUUCCAUUCUAAGGGCCCAAAUGGGUGAGCUUAGCCAACGGCUCCAAUCGCUCAACGACAUCGUCCACGACAUCAUCAUCAACACAACCACCACCUACGAAAGGGACUGUUAUCUAACAAGCGCACAAAAUUUCACCACCACCACCAACACGCUCUGUCUUAACCAACCCGUUUUUCAGUGGUGAAUUGCCACCCUCGUCCUCUGUGGAUCUUGACCAUAAAAGAAAGGAAAAGUGUGCGUCUGGGUGAAUCUUCUCUUGGAGGAAUCAAUGUCAAUCAGUGAAAAAAAAUUAAGUUCAUAUUAGUACAGUACUUAGGGUGGGGCUAUGUUAAUUGUUAAACAGAAUUUGCGCAAAGUGCUUAUUGAAAAUGACAUAGUGGCCUGCAACUAUAUUUCAGAUCACUAGUACUAAUCGAUCACUCUUGUCCAAUAUCAUGGAAAAACAGAUUUCAGUGCUAGUGUAAUUUACUAUUAUUUAUUAUACCUGUAUGUAUUUAUUCCAUGGUAUGUUUGCUUUAAUGUUAUAAAGGUACUACUUCUUACUUCCCA